CAAAGGGAGGAAGGCCGUGAUAUCCACUAUCGGGGUGCUAACAGCUGGAGGGGCUGGGCUUGCACUGGCACUUCAUCAGGCAGUAAAGGCCUCAGACCUGGAGUUGCACCCCCCUUUGUAUCCAUGGAGUCACAAUUGUUUGCUUUCUGCCCUGGACCACGCCAGUAUCCGAUGUGGCUACCAGGUGUACAAACAGGUGUGUGCAGCCUGCCACAGUAUAGAGUACUUGGCCUUUUGUAACUUAGUUGGAGUGUCACACACAGAAGAAGAGGUCAAGGCCCUUGCUGAGGAGGUGAGGUCUGCACUUUACACAUAGUGGGUGGACAACAUAAUGCAUUCAGACAGCAACAGUAAGAAACAUUUGAUGUAUACCUACUGUUAAUAUCCAUAUGCUAAAAUUAUUAAUCGGUUUUGUGUAUUUGUAAAUAUAUUUAAAGCAUUUCUACUAAAUUCAUCUUUUGUACUGUUUUUCUACAAAUUUUAAAUUGCUCCAGCUGUUGAAUGUGAAGUCUUCUGGAGAUCAGGUUUAAUAUAUGUUUGAUACUGAUGUACUUUUUAUCUACUACAAUCCCUACUUUUCCAGCCAGGCCACUGGCAUGGCUCCACCUAGCUACAACGAGGUGCUAGAGUUUGAUGAUGGUACGCCAGCGACCAUGAGCCAAGUGGCUAAGGAUGUGUGCACGUUCUUACGCUGGGCAGCUGAGCUGGAACACGACCAGAGAAAACGCAUGGGCCUUAAGCUCCUUAUGGGUUCAGCAGUCCUCAUCCCUUUCGUAUACUAUCUGAAGAGUCACAGAUCGUCUGCACUCAAGAGCGGGAAGAUUGCUUACAGGCCACCGAAAUGAUUCUGCUUGCUGAUGCCAGAUCAGCUCGGAGUUCUGCAGUCAGUUGGUCAUUCAUUUGCCAUUUUUUUUAACUGAAUGAUUUUAGACAGGCCCUUUGGAAUUUUUCCUACCUCCACAUAAUAAUUCAAAGGUGUGAAAACUGUUAAAACAUUCUAUUAAUUGACCAGUUUGUGAAUUCUUGGGGAAAGGGUUGUCCUUUCCACUACCUUGACGAGCAGUUAUAAUGUACACAUUUCAUGUGCACUGUGCUGUAAUGAGUAUCUAAUAAAUAUGUAGCAAUAUUA